AUGUUUAAGGGUUGGUGCUUCUCUUCAAACUUAAUGCACCACCCUAAUGGAAGAAUUGUAGUGGCCUGGAAUCCUCUGAGUUUUGAUGUGGAUAUUCGAGGUGGUUCUAAUCAAUGGAUGCAUUUUCAUAUUCAAGGCAAGAAUGGAACUCAGUUUGCGUUAACAGUGGUGUAUGCUCUUAACAAUAUGAAGGUUUUAUCCCCAUCAGACAGGUUUCCUUAUAGAGGUAAUGGAUUAGAGCUAGUCCCUUUUCAAAGCUGUGUGGAGAAUUGUAGGCUAGUAGAUGUGAAAUUUUCGGGCUCUUUCUACACUUGGAAUAAUAAACAAGCUGGGAAGGACCGAGUGUUUGCUAAACUUGACAGAGUAUUGGCUAAUGAUAGCUGGUUGGAGAAAUUUAAUUCAGCUGAAGUGGUUUUUUUCCCUGAAGGUGACAUGGAUCAUUGUCCUUUUAUGGUGAAUUUUGGUACAACUCCUGAGACUAGGAAACCAUUUAAAUUCUUUAAUUUCUGGAGUAAUCUUGAAGGAUUUCAGAGGAUAGUGACAGAAAGCUGGGCUAAGGAAGUAAAAGGGACUCCAAUGUUUUGCCUAAUAUCAAAGCUAAAAAGGCUUAGAGUGGAUUUGAAAGAUCUUAACAGGAACGGGAAAGGAGAUGUGUUUGUUCGGGAGGUGAAGAUGCUUAAGCUUCUGCUAGAUAUUCAGGGGAAACUUCAAGCUAAUCUUGGAAACAUCCACCUGAUUGAUGAGGAGAUCACAAGAAGGAAGGAUUAUUAG